CCCCCUUUCUGGUUCCGUCACGCUCCCACCAGGGCCGCCCCCUACCCGCUAAGUGCAAAGCUGGCGGCCGCCGCGGAGCAGAGGGCGCGGGAGCGGCCCGUCCCGCGGGAGAUCGCGGGGGCCGACCGCUGCGAGCGUCGGCGAGUGCCUGGGGGCCCCGGCGGCGUCCGGAGGAGCGGGCGGGGCCGGAGGGCGUUUCCCGCGCGCGGGGCGGACGCGCCGCGGUUCUCACUCAGGUCCGUCCGCAGGGGGCGUAUUUGAGCGGCCGCGGCUCGGGCAGGGGCGGCGGCAGAAGCUUGUCCUCCGGGCGUUGCGGUCAUGUCUGGCCGGGGCAAGGGCGGGAAGGGGUUGGGCAAGGGCGGCGCGAAGCGGCACCGCAAGGUGUUGCGAGACAACAUCCAGGGCAUCACCAAGCCGGCGAUCAGGCGCCUGGCCCGGCGCGGCGGCGUGAAGCGCAUCUCGGGUCUCAUCUACGAGGAGACCCGCGGGGUGCUGAAGGUGUUCCUGGAGAACGUGAUCCGCGACGCCGUCACCUACACGGAGCACGCCAAGCGCAAGACGGUCACGGCCAUGGACGUGGUGUACGCGCUCAAGCGCCAGGGCCGUACCCUCUACGGCUUCGGGGGCUGAGCCGCCGUCGCUGCAGGCGUGGCUCACCCCAAAGGCCCUUCUCAGGGCCGCCACGGAGUCCCGGAAGAGCUGUGUCACGGGCUGCCCUUGUCGGGCUCCGGGGGAGGCGGCUGUGGGCAGCG